AUGAGGACAGAAAAAAGUCAGAGGGGAGGGAUGACUAGUCUACGCAUGAGAUGCUAUCAUCAGAGAAGGAAUUAUACAAUGACCCAACUAUUUCUCAUAUUUCUACUGAUGUUUAAAACAGGGUCUCUUGCUAAGAUCAGCCAGAGUGAUGCCUUAAAGACUUUCCUGCCUGGAGACAGAGUUCAUUUGGAAUGCCUCAUAUCAGAAGAAGAUGGCAACUACUACAUCUGGAUCAAGAUGAUAAUAGGACGAGCCCCAGUAACGAUGCUGUCUCUUUACACUCACUCCAACACUGCAAAGUUGUUUGGAGAGUUUAACAACAGCACCCGGUUUAUGGCAACUAAGAGUGGAACCAGUUUUGUGCUGACUAUUUCAGAUGCUAGACCAUCAGAUAUGGGGAUGUAUUACUGUGCUGCACGCGAUUAUGAUGCCAUGACCUUCGGGAAGGGUGUGUUUCUGAUGUAUGGGGGUGCAGAUUCCAGGAACCAGCAUCUUACUCAGCAGUCUGUGUCUGAGUCAGUCCAGACAGGAGACUCUGUGACUCUGAACUGUACAAUACACACUGAGACCUGUGCAGGAGAACACAGUGUCUAUUGGUUUAGACAUGGCUCAGGAGAAUCCCGUCCAGGAAUCAUUUACACCCAUGGAGACAGGAGUGAUCAGUGUGAGAAGAGCCCUGAUGCUGGGUCUCCUACACAGAGCUGUGUCUACAACCUCCCCAAGAGGAACCUCAGCCUCUCUGAUGCUGGGACUUACUACUGUGCUGUGGCCUCAUGUGGGGAGAUACUGUUUGGGAACGGAACAAAGCUGGAUGUUGGAGGUCCUAGCCCUGCUGAUCUGGUGGACCCCAAGCUCCUGGCUUUAAUCGUGUCCAACAUCUUGAGCUUGAUGGCCAUCGUUGUCCUCCUCAUCUGUAUGAGAAGGAGGAAAGGUUUGCCUCAACAGCCUCAAAGUAGUGUUACAGCCCCUUCCUGUCCUGAAAAUGAGAGAGACGAGGGAGAGGAGCUGAACUAUGCUGCCAUGAGUUUCUCCUCGAGGAAGACCAAGAGGAGAGCAGAACCAGAGAGACAGACCAGAGAGAGAGACAUGAAUGUGGUUUACUCUGGGGUGAGAGGUCAUCAUGAGUGGAACUGGGAUUCAUGAUUUAUAAUGCAAUAGUUUCAUAAUGCACUUUUUAAAUGCCAUUUAGAGUGCAUUGUAAAAGUAAUAUGCUGUGAACAUAAUUAACUGAAA